AGGAGCACAUUGUCCGUCUACGUGAGGAACUGGACCGGGAACGGGAGGAAAGGAAUUAUUUCCAACUGGAGAGGGAUAAAAUCCACACCUUCUGGGAAAUCACCAAGAGGCAGUUAGAGGAGAAGAAAUCCGAGAUGAGGAACAAAGACAGAGAAAUGGAGGAUUCUGAAGAGAGGCAUCAAGUAGAAAUCAAGGUUUACAAGCAGAAGGUGAAACACUUGCUUUACGAACACCAGAACAACAUUACAGAGCUCAAGGCUCAGGGUGUUGUUGCUAUGAAGCUUGCACAGAAAGAUCACGGUGUCCAGGAAGAUGAUUUACGUAAGGGUGUGCGCACCCUGAAAGUGGAUUUAAAAGAGCAGGAGCUUUCCAAUGAGAAUCUGGUGAAAAACCUCAAACUGAAACAUGAUGAAGAAAUAACUAAACUGCGGAAUGAUUUUGAAAGACAAGUACGAGAAAUCGAAGCUAAGUAUGAGAAGAAGAUGCGAGUGUUACGAGAUGAGCUGGAUCUGAAGCGCAAAACUGAAAUUCAUGAAAUCGAAGAGCGAAAGAAUGGUCAGAUCAACACACUAAUGAAGAACCACGAAAAGGCGUUCAGUGAUAUCAAAAACUACUAUAAUGACAUCACUCUCAAUAACCUGGCUCUGAUUAACUCUCUGAAGGAGCAAGUAGAGGAGAUGAAGAAGAAAGAGGAGCGGUUAGAAAAGGAGAUGGCAGAGGUCCAGCUCCAGAACAAGCGCCUCAAAGAACCUCUUCAGAAGGCACUGGAGGAGGUGACUGAGCUACAGAAGCAGCUGGCCAAUUACCAGAAGGAUAAAGUCUCCCUGGCGGGUGCUAAAGCUCGAUUGAAGGUGGCAGAUAAAGAAAUGAAAGACCUGAAAUGGGAGCAUGAAGUAUUAGAGCAGAGAUUCAGUAAGGUGCAAAAUGAACGGGACGAGUUGUACCAGAAGUUCAUUAAAGCUAUUCAUGAGGUACAGCAGAAGAGUGGAUUUAAAAACCUCCUGUUGGAGCGGAAGCUGCAUGCUCUUACAGAUACACUGGAGAAGAAAGAAGUUCAGUUGAACGAGGUGCUUUCUGCCUCCAACCUCGACCCCACAGCUCUGACUGUUGUAACACGCAAACUUGAGGAUAUUUUGGACUCUAAGAACAAUGCUAUCAAAGACUUGCAGUAUGAGUUAGCCCGGGUUUGUAAGGCACAUAACGAUUUGCUGCAGACGUACGAGACUAAGCUUCGUGCUUUUGGAAUUCCAGUAGAUGAGCUGGGAUUUAAACCUUUGGAGAGUACAGUAGCUGGACAGACACUUGGUCAGGGACCUGCAGGACUAGUUUCUGCGCCAACAUAAAACAGCCACCCAAAUAAUGAUACCUGCUUUCCAUUAAAAAAAGACACACUAAACCUCUCUUCUGUGAUGUCUGCAUAUUCUUUUAAAAAUGUGAAGAUGAAAACAAUUUGCUUUGUCUAUUUUAAGGGAAACAUGUUGAUUAUAAAUUCAAAUUCUCAUUGUUUUGGGGUAUCAUGUUGUACUAUACUUGUGUCCAGCAAGUUUGUCAUUCUUAAUAUUAAAUUAAAAUUUUAUUUUGCGGUGGCAAAUUUCAGUUUUAAUUUUAUUUUGUGGAAUGCUGCUCCUACAACAGGUAAGACACAUUAAAAUACAUUCUGAUGAUAGAAGACUGGCCUUUUAUAUUGUGUUCUGUUAUUCAGACUGAAGCUUUAAUUCUGU